AUGAGCCGCGCGAAAGACCGAAAGAACGCGGCCGGGGUAAUCCAUUAUUCGUUCCUUCGACCUGGGGAGACAAUUACGGCCGAAAAGUACUGCCAGUACAUUGAUGAGAUGCACGGCCUACUUCUUGGCGAGGUGGGCGCUGUUUAUGCGGAAAUGAGUGCAGUGAGGCGGAAGUGCAAAACGCCCCCGUCUCCCCCCGGGCGACGACCCCCGAGCGUGUACGCGCCAACUGAAAUCUUAUUGGUCUUCCGCGCGACGGAAGGAAGCGUCGAGGACAUGCCAAUAAGCGCGGCGACUAACAACACCUCGCUCAAACCAUUGCCGGAAGCAAUUUGUCCCGUAACGGCGUUUGCAGAAUCAUUUUUAGUUGAAGAGAUCAAUUUAGCAGAUAUUGGGAACGGUUCGAGGCCGGUGGAGAGGGUGUGGGGUGUCCUGAUGACCCAUAUGCAAGAUUCAUCAGUUCAUACAUCGCAGCGCGGACACAAGUAA